CGAUGACAUCGCCGUUGUCGUCGUUCAACGAGGCGCGAGGAAAAAUCGGAAGCGAACGAACGAUUGGUGCGAGAGCCGUCCUCUGAUUUACCUAGAGCGCAUAUUAGAAUGUUUAAUAAUCCUAGCAGCGGCUUGCGAGACGGCAGGUGGUGGUCGGCCUGACCGACUUUUAAAGAGACCUUGGGGGGGAAUUGGGCGGCAUCUUCAGUUGGACAUUGGCCUCCGUAAGACGAAGAGUCAGGGAAAAAGAGCCGCAGGGUGCAGGAGAGCACGAGCACGGCCGCCUCCUUGGAUUUCUUCUCAACGACUCACAGAACGGACGACAGGAUGCGACUGUCGACGAUUUUCGAGUUAUUAUUGAUCCUCUUGCUGGUGGCAUUUGCAGCUUAUGGUCGAGUAAUCGAUCGCGAUGAAGUGACACUUCGGGUGACUCGCGCUGCGGAUAACACGAAGCAGAGUGACAUGGGCCUGUCAACGAUGUCAUUGAAACAAGCGACCGAUAGCGUGAACCGAUAUUGUACUUGUAAUGAGAACAUCUGCAAUUGCUGUCGGGACUUUCACAUACCGGUUGUGCAGCUGAAAGGACCAGGAUGUGCUUCGCUGCAAUAUCUACAAGGUGACAAUUUGGCAGUCCAGCUGAGUUUUGGUGACAACAUAUUAACCAGCACGAUUGUUAACGGGAAAAAUCCGAAGCCUGUAUGUGUUCCUCUACCGGGUGGUUUUACUAAAUUCUGCGGUAGGGUUUAUUCCAUCCAACGAGAUGCGAAGAAUCACUUCAAAGCUUGUCUCGGUCUAGAACUGCAGUCAUCUACCGAAUUGGAAGCUAGUCUUCGCGUCAGUUGCUUUAGGUUUGGUCCAGAAGGUUUGAAGCUUCGACCGGCCGAGCCACUUCCGAUUGUCGAGACGGAAUCCAUCGAGGAAGACGAUGAUGAUGAUGAUUUCUUUGGACUUGGCUCCGAUGAUGACGAUGAUGACGAUGAUGAAGAUGACGAAAGACCUUCUCUCAAUUCCCUUCCCGAUGCUUCGGGAGUCAAUGACGCGCAAGAGUCGGAUGACGAUGACGACGAUGACGAUCUUUUAGGUUUUAGCGCUCUGCUGGAUAUCUUUACCGGCGACGAUGACACCACGAAGAGACCCAAAGUUACCACUGCGGCGCCAUUGUUGGAAUUUACUAUACCGAUUUUAUCGAAGCCAACGACGCCAUCGCUGGAGGAUCACGAACUGCCCGUUUUCCCCAACGAGUCGGAAAAUAACGACGAGGAACACGAAGACAGCACGCAGGAACCCGGUAAAGUGGUAGACGAGGAAAGUACGGCAUUAACUGAGAGCAAUACUGAGGAAAAUAACACUGAUGAGAAUCAGGAUCAAGUCACGGAGGCUUCUAAUAAAAUCACGUAUCUUGCAAAGCCUAACAAGGCGACCACUAAUAAAGUGAAAAAGGGAGUUAUUGGACAAAAAAAGCCGAGCGUGACGUCGACUAGUGUCAAUGCCAUUCAUGAUCCCGAGAAACCAGCAAAGAAACCUAUCAAGGACGAGUACGAUGAAGACGUUGAUGACGAUGAUAUUUUAGACGAUGAUGACGAUGAGGAUGACGACGACGACGAUGAUAUACUUGAUGAUGAUGAUGAAGAUAAGAAUGAUGUAUACGAAGACAAUGAAGAUAAAUUGGAUGAUGAAAAGCACACAGAACAUAAUGAUGAUGAUGAUGAAAAGGCUGAGGAUCUUGCUGAAUUGGACGACGAUGACGACGACGAGGAGGAAGAUGCCAUGUUGAGUGCUCUUAUGGAUACAGGAAAAAAUAAGAAGAAUAAAGGGACGACGAAUCAAACAAAUGCCGAUAAACACGAUGAGGAUUACAGCGCUGAAUUGGACUUUCUGGCCAGAAAGCAUCCCGAUGGGAAUCGUCAAAGCAAACUCACAAGGCUUUAAAAUGUACAGAGCUCCAGUCAGUAGAAUAAUUAAAAAAGCCGAAAAAAGCUCGUUUUUUUAUCUGAUAAAUUUGCUGUUCCGAUAAAACUUAAGGCGUUUUAUCGGAUCAACGGAUGUUCGUCAAAAAUUUGGUAGAUUAAUAUAAUUGUGAUGGUGUCAGACCCAUUUUUAACGAUAAAAUUAUAAAAGUCUUUGCGUUUCUCUAAAUUUUAUAACAAAAUAUAAAAAAAGAAUUACAAUAAUAUCUUAAUUAUUAUUUUAUAAUGUUAUAUAAAAGAGAUAAUUUUGUAAUAUACAUUAAUUUUAUUGUUGAAAAAAAUAACGGUGUACUUCGCUAUCACAAUUAUCUCUUUACAUAGUUAAUUUUGUAUUUAUUAAAUUAUAUAGAGACUGAUGCAAGAUUUGUCAGAACAAAGAUGGAAGAGUUUUCUUAAGAGAAAGCUCAAAUAAAAUUGUGUGAAAUUCUUUAGAAUACUAGUUGUUCAAAAGAUUUUAAUAUAAAAAUCUGAAAAGGUUUAAAUAUAAGGAAGACUUAUAUAUAAUUGUUUGUGACCUCAGCCAUAAUAAUUUGCUCGACUAGUUUAAUGUUAUUUAUUAAGAGCAAAGAAAUAUUUAUGAUUUAUGUAUUUAUUUA